CACAACAUCAGACGGUGGAUUUCCAUUCCCCUGGGCAGAAUUCAAGUUUAAGCCCGGCUCAAACCACUCGACCACUCAGUUCAAAACGAAAUCGCGACGCGACAACAACGGCCGCUCGGACUAGAGAAAUAAAAUAUAUAUAAAAACAAAGCUAUAAAAAACGGAAAAGCAUCUAGGUGCCGCAGAAUGUUCGUCUUACUUGUAGUGCUCUGUCUGCUGCAGACAGCUAGCUUGGUGCCAGCCCAGCUGAUUACACUGCGCGAUGGCAAGGUGGGCGUGAAUUUUGCAGGAUAUCACGCGGACGCGGGACUCGGAGGACUCCUCACGGGCAACUCUGCCCACGGCGGACUCAGCGCCUCGGCCGGAACUCCGUGGGGUUCCCGGGCAGCCGCGGGUCUGGGCGGCAAUCUGGAUGGACGAGCCGCCGGCGUGGGCUAUGCCGCCGCCCAGGCCAAUCCUUGUGGGGCCAGUGCUCUUCUGGGUGGUAGCGCCGGAGAACAUGGCUAUAUCGGUGCUGAGGCCCACAGUCCGGGAAGGAGUGUGAUCUCCUCAUCCUCCUCUACCACGGCAGCCCCGCCGGCUCAUCCUGAAAAUCCUGUGCCCGCUUCGCCCACUUCAGGUCCUGUCGUUACCAGCCACAUCCAGAGGGUCAAGCCCCCCAAGAAGUACUCGCUGAUCAAACAAGAUCCGGACCGCAGCGAAAUCAUUGAAAAUCAUGUUAAAGCGGCCGCAGAUUCCGAUGCCGAUGCGGUGGAUAAACACCAGCCCUUGGCUUUUCCGGCAUUUCCAGCUGCCCCGCCCACUACGUUGGUAAUUGUCAAGCGACCACGCCCACAUGCAAAGCGACAACGUCAGCGGCAACGUGUCGUAUACGUGAUGCAGCAGCAGCAGCAGCAGCCGCAGGAGCAACAAAUUCCACAGGAGGCUGCCCAAAAGGACGAGCCCCAGUCGACCGUUGAGGUGAAGAGCGAGGCCAAGGCCGUCCAUGUCCACAAGUACAAGUCCGUCCAGCGACCUCAGGCCGUGAACAAUCGCUUCCUGGCACCCCAAGCCCAAGGACCCGUGGGUCUGGCCCUCGAUGUGAGUUGGAAACCAUCAAGAAUAUGAUGAAUGGUUAGUCCAGGGUGCUACAGAA